GCGGCGGCGGCGGCGGCGAACUGCGGCGGUUGGCCCCGGACUGCUUGCACGCUCAGAUUGAGCCCGAGUCGCCCGGCAGGGAGAAGUGACUUCGCUCCCGGGCUGGUUCCAAGAAGUUAGCUAUAUCACGGUCAUAUAGCUGAUUUAUGUUGGAGCAGGACUUGAAUCCAGAUGAAUCUAAUACCUUGGACUAUCAUAGUGCUAUUUUGAUGAUUUCAAGAACAGAGCUUCGGAGCCAACACUGCUGUUCCUUUUGUUUUUGACAAAGUCUCACAGGAAGAAUAUUAGUUUCAUCUCAGAGGACAUGACCAUGCAGCCUGCAAUCCAGGUGUGGUUUGGAGAGGACCUACCUCUGAGUCCCAGGUGUCCCCUGACCCCCAGACACGGACCAGGACUGGCUGACGUCUGUCAGUAUGACGAAUGGAUAUCCGUGAGGCACGAAGCCACUCUACUGCCCAUGCAGGAAGACCUCUCGAUUUGGUUAUCAGGCUUACUGGGUAUUGACAUUAAGGCAGAAAGAUUGUUGGAAGAACUUGAUAAUGGAGUGCUGUUGUGCCAAUUAAUCAACGUUCUUCAGAAUAUGGUAAAAGCAUGCCACUCCGAAGAACCAGGGAAUUUUCCAAUGAGAAAAGUGCCUUGUAAGAAAGAUGCUGCGUCAGGUUCAUUCUUUGCCAGAGACAACACAGCAAACUUCCUUCACUGGUGUCGGCAUAUCGGGGUUGAUGAAACUUACCUCUUUGAAUCUGAAGGUUUGGUUUUACAUAAAGACCCCAGACAGGUGUACCUUUGUCUUCUUGAGAUUGGUCGGAUUGUGUCAAGAUAUGGAGUUGAGCCACCAGUAUUAGUGAAACUCGAGAAAGAAAUUGAGUUAGAAGAGACGCUGCUUAAUACCUCAGGGCCUGAAGAGUCCAUCAACAUCCCCAAAUCUUGCUGUCAGCAUGAAGAACUACACGAAGCUGUUAGACACAUUGCUGAGGACCCUCCUUGUAGCUGUUCACAUCGGUUUUCUAUUGAAUAUUUAUCUGAAGGACGGUACCGGCUCGGGGAGAAAAUACUCUUCAUAAGGAUGCUUCAUGGAAAACAUGUGAUGGUCCGUGUUGGCGGAGGCUGGGACACUCUGCAAGGAUUUCUGCUCAAGUAUGACCCCUGUCGGAUACUGCAGUUUGCUACACUAGAACAAAAAAUUUUAGCUUUCCAAAAAGGAGUUUCUAAUGAAAGUGUGCCAGAUGCACCUGCCAGAACACCCCAGCCCCCAGAAAUGAACCCUUUGUCAGCGGUUAGCAUGUUUCAGAAACAAAACUUAAAACCUGGCACGCCCGCGAGUGUGCCAAAGAGCAAGGAAAAACAGGUGCGUCCACCGGGAGUGUUGCCUCCAGCAUCCUCAGGGAAGGGUAGUCCAGCUUCCCUGUCCGCCCGUUCGAAACUCCCCGAGUCUCCAGCAUCAUUGUCCCAUGCCAGGGUCGCAUCCUCAAAGGGCAGAGCACAAAAGCCGCACGUUCCUCCCAGCACUGCGUCGCUUUCCCUGGCUUCUUUAAAUCCAGCGGGGAACAGCACCACACCAGCUUCGUCAAGCACUACAAAGUGUGCAUCGGAGCCAGCGGGAAAAUGUGUCACCGUCCCCAAGACUGCUAAGACCGUGGCUACUCCAGCCCAGAAGUCAAGAGACCUAUCUCAGUCUAGACUUUUGCCAACUAAGUCUUCUGGAAAAACUGAACCGAAGUAUUUGAAACACAGUCAUCUUUCUUCCAGGGGUGAGUCACCUAUAAAUUUAUCAUCCAAGUGUCCAAAGCUCCCUAAAGGAAACAUGCACGGAAGGCCUAACCCUUCUCUUUUCCAAUCCCCUGCAAAAGUGACCAAACCCAGUUCCAAAACCAGAGCCAUGGGUCUAGGGACGCAGACUCAGCCCCCUGGUAGAACUCUGAAACCAAGGGUCAUCUCAGCACCAAGACUUCAGUCCACCUUGAAUGUCAGCCAUCCAGCUUCUGUGUGUUCAGCGUCCUCCACAAAAGCUGCUCGGGAAGCAAAAGGUGAGAAUACAGUUUCAGUUGCCAGAAAGCAACCCCAGAGUAAGGGUACCUGCCAGAAGACAGGACCUGGCUCUCCAAAGUCUCCUGGCCGUACCCCACUGUCCAUUGUGAGUGUCCCCCAAUCUGCUGCCAAGCCAGAAACUGUCUCAAAGUUAGCACAGACUGCCGUGAAGGGCCAGUAUGCAGCUAGAGGGCCUCCCAAAAGUGGCAUGCCACCAGCGUCCACCAGGAAACCACCCUCAUCUGGGAAGGGCACAGCCAGUGGAGAUAAAAAACCGACUGCCAAGAAGAAGGAGGACGAUGACCAUUAUUUUGUUAUGACUGGAAGUAAGAAGCUUAGAAAAUAAAUACACUUGCAUCAUUUUAACAAAUCCAGGUGACCGAGCAGAAUGGGGAUCCCCUCCACCAGGACCUCAAAAGGUCUUCCUAUGUGUGUUUGUCGGGAGAGCUACAGACGUGAGGUCAAGAUGGAGGAUGAAGUCAGGAGACAGGGCUGGGUCGAGGAGAAGACUCACACGCGUUUUGUAUGUUAAUAGGCACAUGCAUGAGUUUAGAUCUGUGCCGUCUGUUAAUGUCUGCUGCUUGAGGAAAAAUGCAAACGUUCAACAACACUACUAGAAUUGUAACCAUAUAGUGGGUGUGUCUUUGAAGAGGUAUUAACUAUGGAGAUUUUCUGCUAAUAGCAACUCUGAUGCUUUUAACACUAGUUACUGUGUUCAGUCAUAAAGCAACGAUGUGUUUGGCUUUGGGGUGUACCCUCUAAACCCAGCUCUGAAGGCUGAGGCAGGACACCUGCCCGGGGUACCUAGUAAAACCCAGCCAUGGUUGACACAUGCUGUAGAAGGCACUGAAGUUAACUUUCUGGUCAGGAAUCCUGGUCCAGCAAUCCUAAGUACCGAUGGCUGCUGCUGCUGCUUGGUUUGACAUUCUGGAUUAAAUGGAAUUCUUAUUAUUUAAUUCUCUAUAACCUUUCCAUAUCAGAAGGAAAUGGGUUUUUUUAUUAAAAUUGGGCUUUUAUUAAUAUUAGUAGCAUUGUAUAAUCAAUAUUUUUGGUAAAAAAAAGAAAACCCAACCAAGUAAAUUAACUUAUUGGAACAUAACCUGAGAUUUAGUAAAAACUAAGAUAUUUUUUUAAUAUGACAACCUACACACUUUGUAUCUUAUUUUUUUAGAUGAAAUCUGCCGUAUGACAGGGAAAGAGACUUAAUAGCUUCUAGCAUAUUUCCUAUGUGUGCAGACAAGUACUUUUACAUUAAAACAAUGUGUUUUGAUAUCAGAAUUAGGUUUUAACGAUCUUAAAACUAAGAUGAUAGGGACUGGGGAUCCCUACAGUUUGGAUCCUUAACCUACAUAGAAAUGGGUGGGCAUGAUGGUCUACGUAUGUAGUCCCAGCACGCAGGAGGAAGAGAUGGGAUCUCCUGGGAUGAGCUGUCUGGUUAGACUAGGCAAACUGAUGAGCUCCAGUUUUUUUGAGAGAUGCUGACUCAUUAAAUAGAGUACUAAAUAACAAAGGAAAACACUCAAUACCAACUUCUGGUCUCUCUAGACACAUCCUUGUGUGCCUGCACAUGUGCACACACACAAAAAACUAAGAUGAUAUUAAAAGGGCCUUGAGUGAUACUAUGUACACAUUCUAUCAGGUGACUUGUAUGUCUUUUGAUAGCACACUAUCAGUUUUAAUUAGAUUCUCCAAAUUAUGUUAAUUCUCAUCAAUAAAGCCAUAUUGUACUCAGUUUUUCAGUGGCCAGCAGACAGACAGUAUGUGUGUGUGUCCAUCUGUCUGUUCUGUAAGCAGGUCCUCUUCAGGAACAUCCAGAUGAUGUAAUGACAGCAUAAAUUCCUUCCACCCACAGGGAUACUUGUAAAUAAUUUGCGUAUGGGUCUGUCACUAUUUAAAGUUUAUUAAUGUACUUUGGGAAGUUUUAAGGGUUUUAAGUAACUUUAUGGUAUUAUCAAUUGUCAUAAGUUUUAGAAAAAAAACAGAUACAGUGGUACAUGCUUGUAAUUCCAGAACUUGGGAAAUAGAGGCAGGAGGAUCAGAAAUUCAAGGUCAUCAUCAGCUGUGUACUGGAGACAUGUCUCAAGGAAAAAAAAAUGGCAUUUUGACUAUUAUAACUCCAAUGCCUUCCCUUUUCUACCUCCUUCUCAUCUUUCUUUUCCUUCAUUUUCUCUGUGAUACUGAGGAUCCAUUCUGGGACAUCUCACAUGCUAGAUAAACAUGACCACCGGGCUUCAUCUCCAGCUCCUUUACAUACAUGCAGUUCCCAAAGCCAAACAAAACAGUUUACACAGAAGGGCAAUCAUGGAGUGACUAAGCCUCUUAGCUGGCUGCUGCCGUUCUACCGACGUACAGUGAGAGAACCUUGUGUAAAAGUCAGUGAUCUUUACCCAAGGAUUAUGCUUAAAAUCAAAGAUCUACUCAGGAUAGCUUGCAAUAGAAAGCCACCGAGGUCUUGGUUUACUUCCCCUGUUCUGAGCGUUGACAAUGGCCGUAUUUACAUCUUUGAAAGCACCUCUAGUGUGUAGGAGGUGCCAAGAACAUUUCUAGUAAUCGGGAAUAUCUAACCCUCCAAAGAGGAAGGGCUGUACCUUUAUAGAGGUUAUUCCCUCAUGUAGGGGACCAUAAAUAAUUUGUGUAUCAGUAACUUCUGGGAAUUAAGAGAAAAACGUAAAUGGUAUUAUAGGCAGCCCUAGCUGUGACUCGGUAGAUUUUUACAAUUUUAAUUAUCUUUGUGUUGGGUAAUCAAGAGUAAAGAUAAUUGCUCAGGUACCCGGCAUAAAUUCUAGAAUUUAGAAUUAUUUAUUUGGAAAAUGAAGUGUAUUGGUCUGAUCUUCUGCAGAAGAGAAUUUCUCCAGCUAUAGUCAUAUAGAAUGAAUCUCUCCUUCUGUGUAGCUUGACUUUCCCAAACAUACGCUUUAUGUGAAUAAGAAAUUAAAUUCCAUGGGGCUGGAGAGGUGGCUUAGCAAUUAAGAACACUUGUUACUCUUGCAGAGGACCCAAGUUUGAUUUCUAGUACCCCCACGGUGGCUCACAGCCAUCCCGAACUCCAAAACCCCCGGUUCAGGGUGUCUGAUGCCCUCUUCUGGCCUCCCCAGGCACCAGGCAUGCAUAUGGUACACAUACAUACAUGCAGGUAAAACAUUCAUAUAUGCAAUAAAUGUAAAAAACCUUUCCCUCCCUCACAAAUUAAAACUUAAAGUUCCUUCAAGUAUAUUGUGAAAUUUUCUAAAGAGCUGAUGAAUCACUGGUACAAUUUAAAAAAAUAUAUUGUAGUUGUAUUCACUUUUUCUUAGUAAUAGUGUAAUAUUACAUAAGGUAUUUUUACGUUUAAUAUUUAAUAAAGCAAAUAUUAAGCAUAAAAUGCUGAAGUACCUGGAAGAUAUGCGUGGUUUCUUAAAAAUGGAAUGUUUUUAUUUUUCUUUGCUAUAAUUUAUGAAUGUAUAAUUAUAUAAAACAGAAAAGUGAAACACUUGUUUUUAGAUCGGCCCUCAAGUAAGGUGUUUGAAGAGUGUGCCUUCAGAAUGCUUGGAGUAAUCAGGGACCUAGAAGUGUUGUCCACAUUAUUUUUUUCUUAGACAAGAUCUCCUUAUAUAGAUGUGGCUUGCCUGGCACUCUCUAUGUAGCCCAGGCUGGCCUUGGGCUCUGUGGGGCGUUUACCCACCAACCCCACAGCUCCCCAGAGUUU